CAAUUCCUUAGCUAAAAUACUAAGAUUAGAAGCAUUGUAUACGUUGCCCUUCUCUUAUUCAACCAUUCUCUCUCUACACCGAUUGUCACCCAAAACCACCACCCUCCCCACAUAAUGACAGUGAAAAUAAUGCAAAAGGUGGUAGAUGAAAGUGUAAAUCUUCUCCCUCUGUAUUCUCACCACCUUACCUUCAUAAUCCACUGAUCAAAACCACCCAACCCCCACAAUUCUCUUCGUUGAUUUUUCUCCUCGAACUCCACGAACCAAAUCUUAGCAUAAUUUCUCUUGUCUUUUUGCGUUGUGAUUUCCAGGAUUACCGGAACAGCCAUGGUGAGCAUUCGAAGGCGCAGACUCUUAGGACUUUGCUCUGGGCAAAAUUGUUUCCUGGAUCCUCUUCCCAAGUCCUCUGAGAAUGGACAUAGUUCUGAAAGCUGUGUGGAUAACACCAAACCAAUCAGUGUUCGUCCCGUUCCUUUAAAAGAUAUUGACCUACCAAAGGACAAAACUGCCUCUGAAAUUGGCCCCAGUUUGUCAAAAGUUUCUGCUUCUAGUCCAUUGAAAGAGGAGUCUUUCCAGCCAUUUCCAGAGUUCAAACGCAGAAAGCGACACAGGAGGAAGCAUGUUGAAAACCAAGAACAAUGUAUCAUGAGAGGCGUCUAUUUCAAGAACAUGAAAUGGCAAGCUGCAAUAAAAGUUGACAAGAAACAAAUCCACUUGGGAACUGUUGGCUCCCAAGAAGAGGCUGCCCGAUUGUAUGACAGGGCUGCAUUCAUGUGUGGGAGGGAGCCCAACUUUGAACUAUCAGAGGAGGAGAAGCAAGAACUUAUGAAAUUUAAGUGGGAAGAAUUUUUAGCCUUAACUCGUUCAGCAAUUACUAGCAAGAAAAGCCAAAGAAGAACAGGGCCAGGUUUACGCGGAAAACUGCAGAACAAUAGCUGGGAUGGUGAACAAGGACGUAUUGGUUUCUCAGCAUCGGAAGAUGACCCUUUAGUCACUUGAUUUUUUUCCCAUGAAUAUAUAUAUUUAGCUUGACAAGUGUGUUUAUCAAUUCAACCUCUCAUUUUCAUUCGUUUCCUAGUAUAUAAGAGCCCCUAUUAGGGCAGAUGAUGUGGCAUUUUAUGAUAGAUACUGAAUUAUCAGAUUCGGUUCAAUAAACCGGCACCUCCACACCACCACCACCAUUAACGGGGGAUAAAAGUCGGAAUCACAGUGAAAAAGUCAUUUAUAA